CCGAAGAGUAUUUAACUGAGGGUCAAGUCUGUGACUGAAUAUACAGCCGAUGAAUUCUCUUGAGUACACAGAUCAUCACAGUAGGAGCAACUAACUGCAUUGUUGUGCAAGAUGUGGCGAUUCACAGCUGGGGCUCUGCUUGUUCUUCUACCCUGGUUUGGUGGCCUGGCUUCUGGAGAAAUCUGUGUAAAAUUCAAAGGAUGCCGUAAUUUCUUCUAUAAAGAAACUCCACCAGUGGGUUUUACUGGAGUCCCGAUAUGUCAGCGCUACAAAGGCAAUUAUCACUUUGCCACCAUGUAUGAUCGUCAGCAUCGUACAGCAAGGUACUCUGCUUAUUUACUCACUCCUGCAGAUGGUAACCGGCCUUCUAACUCUUGGAUGUAUGAACCACAGUUGGCGUCUAAUGGAGGUGAUCGAGAAAUGAAGGAAUUCCCACCAAAUUCCAUCCCCCAAGAUGUGAUUAGAAGCCAGGCUGUGCUUGAAGACUACACGGGUGGUAACUACACGAAAGGUCAUCUUGCUCCGUCCCAGCACAUGGGGACAAGCGAUGACCGUGCGGCCACCUUCACUCUGACCAACAUUGUUCCACAAACAAACUUUUCCAACAACGGACCCUGGAGUGAUCUGGAGAAAAGGGUUUUGCAAAGAUUCAGGCAAUACUGCACAGGGAAGAUGUAUGUGAUCACCGGCACCAUACCUUAUAAGCCAGUACGCCUGCUCAAGGGACGAGUGUCUAUUCCUGAGUACAUAUGGUCUGCUUACUGCUGCCCAUCCUUCAAAUCUAAACUUCCAAACGAUACGAGCUUUUUCCCUACAUAUGCUGCAGUGGGAAGAAAUGAUCCCGACAGUGGAGAGGAGAUUGUGGAAAAAGAUCCCUCACCCUAUGCUGUGAAGGAGAUGUCUUUAGCAAACCUGGAGAACAUCCUGUGGCAGAAUUUAAAAAAAAAAAAAUUAAACCUGUUCAAAGGGCAGUGUAAACAAGGCAAGCCUUAGCUCUUUGUUCAGAACUUAAGUGAUCUGCCCCCUCCCCCAGAAACAUCUGUUUAAAAUGCAAUGUAAGCAUGUAAAUCCUUGCCUCUUUGUCUCUGAAUAAAUGUUUGACAAAAAUGUUGUCUUGUCUCAAGAUGGCAGGAAAAAAAAAUGGAAUCUGUUACUUUUUAUCUGUUCUCAAAUAAAGCACGUCGAAAGGG